AUUACUUCCCUUUGUUUGGAAACGACAUUUGUACCUCUAAAAAUGGAACACAGUUAUUUGUUAAAUUAACGUGUGUUUUACUACUGUUGCACAGACCCACUGUCCUGCUUGCAUCUACAGUGAAAUACACGUGCAAAUACAUAUCUAGAAGGCAACAAGAAUGAUUCCAGGAUACAGUCUUGCAUCAUCAUUUAGGGGUAACAUACUUAGUAUGCUGUGGAUUGUGUUAUUCCUUCUUUUGAACAGAGUCCAACAGAUUUACUCAGAUAUAACUAUCACAAGUGGUAGCUGUGGUGAAGUAUAUGAUGCAGAUUAUUACAAGUCUGUCAGUGUGGAGUAUUAUGGCUCAGACCUGCUAUAUGCCAAUCCUUGUUCAAUAGAAUUUACCAAGUAUUCAACUGACCAAUAUCUGUGUGUGUCUGGUCAAGAAAUACAGCUGGAUUGUGACACCAUGCUUGAAUAUCAUGAGGGAUUUGUAAAAAAUUAUAUAUCUCCAGAGAAAAAAAUCUCGUGCACUGAUAUGUCCUCUCUUGAAGAGUGGUGUCCAAGCCAGUAUCAAGACAAUAUUUUCAUUGUUAUCAGGAAAUCGGCAGUCAUUACAACAGAUGUUAUAAGGUUACGAGUGUAUUUAAAAGAUGUACCAAAAGACGAUGGUGUUUCUGCAGCAGCUCUGUAUACUGCUUUUCCCAUUGUGGUUGUUGUAAUUGUGAUUUGUGCAGUGAUAGGUGCUUGCCUGAAGACCUCCAAGCUGUCCGGAGGACCACAAGCUGCAAAUCAAACUGUGUCAGGAACUACCAAUAUGCAAGCAGGUAAUCGUAGUCCAUAUCAAACUACAGCUGGGUACCAGCCAUCACCUCGUGCAAGUCAUCCUGCACAGCAAGGGAACCAACAUUGGACUGGACCUGAAGGAAGUUAUAAUAUUCACUCCAUGCAGACUGCCUAUGCAGCACAUCAGGAUUCAGCUCCAGCUUACCAGUCCCUUUUGCCUCAGGAAAGCACAGCCGAGAGUUCAGCAAGUGGACAGCAAUACCCGGAUGCACAACCUUUGAAUGCUGAUGAAGCUCCGCCACCAUCGUAUGAAAGUGUUAUGGGUAUAAAGCAGUGAAUCACCAUCGUAUGAAAGUGUUAGGGGUAUAAGGCAGUGAAUCACCAUCGUAUGAAAAUGUUAGGGGUAUAAGGCAGUGAAUCAUCAUCGUAUGAAAGUGUUAGGGGUAUAAAGCAGUGAAUUACCAUUGUAUGAAAGUGUUAUGGGUAUAAAGCAGUGAAACACCAUCGGGUAUAAAGCAGUGAAUCACCAUUGUAUGAAAGUGUUACGGGUAUAAAACACUGAAUCACCAUCAUAUGAAAGUUAUGGAUAUAAAACACCGAAUCAUCAUAUGACAGUCUUACCGGUAUAAACCAGUCAAUCACCAUCAUAUUAAAGUGUUAUGAGUAUAAAGCAGUGAAUCACUAUCUUAUGAAAGUAUUCUUGGUAUAAAGCAAUGAAUCACCAUCGUGUGAAAAUGGUAUGAAUCACCAUUGUAUAAAAGUGUUCUGGGUAUAAACUAGAGAAUCACUAUCAUAUGAAAGUAUUAUGGGUAUGAAACAGUGAAUCAGGAUCGUAUUAAAGUGAUAUGUUUGUCAAGCAGUGAAUCACCGUCGUAUGAAAGUGUUAUGGGUGAUAAACACUGAACAGUUGUGAGAUUAGAUGUCAAACUGUAACUACUCAUUUUUAUUGUUUAUUUUAUUACUCUUAUAUAUUUGUUAUUUUGUAUUUGACUUGUUGUUAAAGAUGCAUGGCAUGUAGGUUGUUUGGUAAGUUAGGUAGGUUUUCAUAUAUGCAUAUCUAAAUCCAGGCAUUUUGCAUAAUUACAUAUUAUAUAUACAUUUAGCACAAUACUGAAAGUUUUAAUUUGUCACCCUCAAAUAGGGGACUUUGUUUUACAUAGCAAUAUUUCACUCACUUGUAUUUUUAUGUUGCUGUUAAAGGUAUGUUUUAAAAGAUGUUAGCUAUAUUGUUUUCCCUAGUCAUUUACAUUUUAUAAUAAAUACAUAAUGUAUCUUUA